AUGAGUUUUUCAAAAACCUUCAAGCAAAUAUUCUCUAGAAAAUCAUCCGCCGAUUUUGACAAAAGAUUUAAUGAAGAAAACAGGAAAUUAAUUUCCCAAUGGGCAAAAGAAGUGAGGGCUCUUCGGAAAAAAACUGACCCUAACGUUCAAAACGACGAAUUAUACGAAGACUCUUUAUUAAUCAUAGAAUGGAAUUCGGCUGGGUUAGUCCAUAGAAAUAACCUACAUGGAAUUAACGCUAUAAACGCACUUGUUGCAUUAAUUCGUGACCAACCAGGAUGUGUACCAUUUCCAAAAGGCACACCAUCUGAUUCCGCCUUUUCCUUUGUCAGGACUCCGAAUGGUGGGGCUCACCAAAACUUACAUUCAUGCAUCAGCCAACUUACAACUAGCACCAUGCAGUGGUGGAGACAUUCUCAAGGAAAUCCUGAUGUUGGUCGUGCGUAUAUGUCUAAAGAUUGUUGCGUCAAUAAUCCAGGAAUAUUUGGUUCAAACCAAAUGGGAAUUUUGUCGCGUUUUGGUGACGAAAGGUUAAAUGAAGAAAGAGUGAGAACCCUUCGAAAAAAUACCAAUCCUAACGUGCAAAGCAACGAAUUAUACGAAGACCCUUUAUUAAUCAUAGAAUGGAAUCCGGAUGGGUUAGUCCAUAGAAAUAACCUACAUGGAAUUAACGCUAUAAACACAAUUUCUGCAUUAAUUCGUGGACAACCAGGAUGUGUACCAUUUCCGCCAAAUGGUACACCAUCUGAUUCCAUCUUUUCCUUUGUCAAAACUCCGAAUGGUGAGGCUCACCAAAACUUACAAUCAUGCAUCAGCCAACUUACAACUAACACCGCUCAAUGGUGGAGACAUACUCAAGGCAAUCCAGAUGUUGGUCGUGCGUAUAUGGUGUCUCGAGCUCGACAAUUCGUUGCCAUACGUUUUAUAAAACAGGAUUCAACGAACAAUAUUCGUCCAAAUGAAUUCGCAAGAAAGUCAUCAGGAUCGUAUCCAUUUGGACCGGAAAAUGAAAUUGUUGCUCUAGCAACAGGUACGAAUAAACGUAGAUUGAUUUGGUGGCUUCGAUUGACAGUAAAUUGGUAG